AUGAAUACACAGCAAGACGCAAAGACCGAGGGCCAACAGCCUAUCGAGACCCCCAAGCAGCCGUAUCUUUCCAAGCCCUCAGUCCCAGAUUAUGAUGAGGGUAAUGAGAGCUCAGAGGGAGAACGGCCACCUUUACCUCCGCGACCAAAUACGUUGAGUCUAUUGAACGAUGAAACGGGCUCCCGGUCAGCUCUACAGGCAGAGGCAACGACGGCUAUCUCGCGAACCGAUAUCGAGACACAACCACCGGAAGCUCCUGGUAGCACUUACUCCACACUAGCUGUUCGUGGUCUGGCCCAGGGUCCAAAAGCCAGGGCGAGCCUCAGCCAGUUGGCGAGCCCGCGGAGCAGCGAAGCUGGUGACUCUGCGAGUAUCAGAAGCUCAGUCCCAAAUGGUGAUUCCGGAGAUGUUGAAACGCUGUUUAUGGACUUUGCUGCUACGGAGCCUGGUAGUCAAAGGGGCGCUACAGGUCUACUUGACUUCCCUGAAUUCGCGGCCGACGAUAUAGACGAUGAUGGAAUUCUGAGCGAAUUUGAAGCAGUUGGCGAACUUAAUGAGGAAGGUGAUAACGAAGAGCUGCUCCUCCAACGGUGGAAAGCGAAGCGCAAGCACUAUGUGAUCCUAUCCGCCGCUGGGAAGCCGAUUUGGACCAGGCAUGGUGACAGCGGCCUGAUUUCCGGAUAUGUCGGGGUUAUUCAGACCAUUAUUUCGUUUUAUGAGGAUUCAAAUGAUCAUCUGCGAGGCUUUUCCGCUGGUGAUACCAGGUUUGUUGUAUUGACACGGGGGUCUUUAUACCUUGUUGCAAUCAGCCGUAUGAUGGAAAGCGACAAUCAGCUUCGGCUUCAACUGGAAGCAUUGUAUAUGCAGAUAUUAUCUACAUUAACCCUGCCUUCUUUAACCCACCUCUUUUCUAUGCGGCCCUCUACUGAUCUAUCGCGGCCCUUACAGGGUUCGGAGUCCCUUCUCUCAUCUCUGGCAGACAGUUUCACGCGAGGAUCUCCAUCGACGCUACUAUCGGCUCUGGAGUGUCUGAAAAUCCGCAAACAACACCGGCAAGCCAUCAACAAUGCACUUCUGAAAACCAAAGCUAGUACUCUUCUAUAUGGCUUGCUUGUGGCCGGCGGACGGCUCGUCAGUGUUAUCCGACCUAAGAAGCACUCCUUACAUCCAGGCGAUCUACAGCUCUUAUUCAACAUGGUUUUUGAGGCCGACGGAGUUAAAGCCGGCGGUGGAGAAAGUUGGAUUCCCGUCUGUUUGCCUGGCUUCAACAGCAGCGGUUAUCUCUACAUGUAUGUGAGCUUUCUUGACAUUCGGGACGAUAUCGAAACUAGUGCAGAGAUCACCAAAGAUGAGUCUGUUGCCAUUGUUCUUAUCAGUCCCGACAAAGAGGCUUUCUUUGAAAUGCAAGGAAUGCGUGAUGCUCUUGUGGAGCAAAUGGAGAGAAACGGCAGUCUGAAGGAGAUCAAAACGGCAAUUGAUAAUGGCCGACCCGCAACCACUGAUAUAGUUCCUGGAACUGUGCUACAUCAUUUCUUAUACAAAUCGCGUGCAAACGUACAAUUCACUAUGUCAUCUUAUGUCCCGGAAUUUGCUUCGGUGACUCGACGGCGAAGAUUGAUGUCGAUGUACAACAACUUGCACGCGAGCAUUCACGCCAAGAAUACCCAUGUCAAAGUACACCACUGUGUUUCGCGGUCAGCCACUUCGUUCGGAUGGGUAACCCCUGUAUUCGAAUUCUAUUGUAUCGCCGAGCCGAACACUAAUCGAAAUGCACUUGCCCAAAGCGCUAGCAAGAUUGCUCAGUGGGUGCAGCGUGAGGAAGAGAGGCUAUUCAUCAUUGGCGGUGCGGUUUUCUGA